AUGGCAGGAUUCACCGUUAAAUCCCUAGACCACCUCAUCCUGACUGUCCGCUCCAUCCCAGAGACAGUGGCUUUCUACACGAACCAUCUAGGCAUGAGACAUGAGAUCUUCACGUCAUCUGUUAACAGGAGUGUUCACAGACACGCCCUCAUCUUUGGAGCCCAAAAGAUAAACCUGCACCAACUCGGAAACGAAUUCGAGCCAAAGGCCCAGACUGUCAUGCCUGGGAGUGCCCAUUUGUGUUUCCUGACUGAUCGGGAUGUGGGGGAUGUUUUGAGGGUGUUUCAGGAGGCGAAGAUUGAAGUCCUUGAGGGCUCUCAGGUAGUAGAGAGGACAGGGGCCAUUGGGAAGAUUAGGAGUGUCUAUGUGAGGGAUCCUGAUGGGAAUCUUGUGGAGGUGUCGAAUUAUGUUUGA